UUGUAUGACCGGUCUUCCUGCAAAUGCAAGUUCGGUCAAUACACAGUUUAUGGUGGCAAGAGAAGACAAUUUUUCUGUUGUUGCGCUCGAGAGAGAAUUGAAAUUCCAGACCCAACUCCAACAAGAACUCUCAAGUUGCCAAAGACUCAUGUGAAGAAGAAGCCUUCUGGUAAGUUUCUUAUAGCCAUAUACAUGGCACGCUUAGAGUAA